CGUCUCGUCCCACUCACACUCUGUCAGAGCACUGCGUUGACAGCCACUGGCCACUGAGCAGUCCACUCUGUCGGGGUUUGAGUCUCCAUGCAAAACUGCUGAAAAGAAGCUCUGACUCUCCUUUUCUUUAAUUUGCAAAAGACACAGACAAAGGGCAAAGCCAGUGCACGGCGACAGACGCACAACAAGUGAUUCUAAAAAAAAAGCCUCACAAGUCAUUUUCUAGACUCAUCUCUGUCUCUCAGCUCCCUGCACAAUGUCUGGAGAGGACGCACCUGCCCAGCAGCAAAACGCUGUGGACCAGAAGCAGGAGACCAAACCCGCCGAGGAGCCUAAAGCCGAGCCGCCUAAAACCGAGUCCGCACCCGCUGCCGCAGCCGAGGCAGAUGCCACCCCAGCGGCAGCCACCGAGAAGGUCCCCGAGGAGGAGACCUUCACGUACCGCGCCCUGGUGCUCACCGGCCAUGGAGGAUACGAUAAAGUCAAGCUACAGGUGAAGAAGGGGAAGCCCACGCUCAAGGCGGGUGAGGUCCUGGUGCGGGUCAAGGCAUGUGGGCUCAACUUCGCGGACCUGAUGGCUCGACAGGGGCUGUACGACCGGAUGCCAUCCCCGCCGGUCACCCUAGGGAUGGAGUGCUCCGGGCUCGUGGAGGCUGUGGGGAAAGUGACGGACAGAAAAGUGGGUGAUAAGGUGAUGGUGCUGAACCGCUUCGGGCUAUGGCAGGAGGUGGCCGUGGUGCCUGCGAGCCACACCUUCCUCAUCCCAGAGGGCAUGAGCUUCGAGGAGGCAGCCGCCCUGCCCGUGAACUACAUCACCGCCUACAUGAUGCUGUUUGACUUCGGCAACCUACGGCCCAACCAGAGCGUCCUGGUUCACGCUGCUGCAGGUGGCGUCGGCAUCGCUGCCACUCAGCUGUGCAAGACGGUGAAGGAUGUGACCGUGUUUGGCACAGCAUCGGCCAGCAAGCACGAGACCAUCAGCCAGGGCGGGGUCGAGCAUCCCAUUGACUACCGCACCAAGGACUAUGUGGAGGAGGUCCGCAAGAUCAGUCCCAAAGGGAUGGACAUAAUCCUGGACCCUCUCGGAGGAUCAGACACCCAUAAGGCCUACAACCUGCUGAAGCCUAUGGGAAAACUCAUCACCUAUGGUACAGCUAACAUGCUCGCUGGCCAAAAGAAGAACCUGCUGGCCGUGGCCAAGAACUGGUACCAUCAGUUCUCCAUCCACACGCUCAGUCUGAUCCAGGGGAACAAGUCUGUGUGCGGCUUCCAUCUGGGCUACCUGGAUGGAGAGAUGGAGCUCAUCAGCCAGGCCAUGAACACCAUACUGGAUCUGUACAAGGAGGGCAAGGUUAAGCCCCAUAUCGACUCAACCUGGCACAUGGAGCAGGUGGGAGAUGCCAUGAGAAAGAUGCAGGAGAGGAACAACAUCGGCAAAGUGAUCCUCACCACAGAGCCCAUGCCGGAGGAGGAGAAGAAGGAGGAGCCCAAGAAGGAGGACAAGAAAGACGACAAGAAGAAGGACGACAAGAAGAAAGACGACAAGAAGAAGGACGAUGGCAAGAAGGAGGAGAAGAAGGACGACAAGAAGAAAGAGGAGCCCAAGAAGGAGGAACCCAAGAAGGAGGAAGAGAAGAAAGAGGAGGCCAAGAAGGAGGAGAAGUGAGAGGGAUGUAGGGAGAGUCGAGCAAACCAGCAGGGAGUUUGUUCUCUGGGAGGAAGGGUGUGGUGUGGGGGUUGGGGGCAAGGAUGGAAUGGGAUGGGAUGGGAGGGUGUGGGUGGGGGUUGGGGGUAAGGAUGGAAUGGGAUGGGAGGGUGUGGGUGGUGGUUGGGGGUAAGGAUGGGAUGGGAUGGGAGGGUGUGGGUGAAGGAUAGGCAAGGAUGGUAGAUUACAAUGUCAUCUUUUUUUCAUCAUUUUUCAUCUCUUCCACCUUCCCUACCGCCUCCCCUCAUGAGUCCUCAAUGGCAGUAAUUACUCCGGCCCACCACUGCCCAAUCCCCUCCUCUCCCCACCCCACCCCUUUCUGAUUUCUUGCCUUUGUCAAAUAAAAGAAAAUGUGUGAUCACUUGUAACACUCACAAGCUCCGACUUAUCACCCCUCUGCAUUUCAAGAAAAAUCAGACGCAACAUUCAAUUGAUUUAUACCUAUUGGGAACUAGCGAGCCAUGGAGGAUUGUGAGUAAGGACGAGGCCUCGGAUAAAUUACUUUUUUCUUUGCCAAUUGCAAUCCCCGCUCCCACUCCAGCCCUAACCUUGCCCCUCUGCACCUCAACUCCCACUGUGCUCAAUUGUUCUGCUUUGACUUCCACCUGCCCCCGUCCUCUUUCCCCCUCCCUUUCCUCACUGUGCUGAGUCCACCUCCCACUCCCACUCCCACCCACACAACAACCCACACCACCCCUGAGCCGGACCCACAGACAGGCAUUAAUAGUGGGGGCUAAAUGAAGAACCACACCCACCCACACGUUGCUCUUUUACUGUCCAGAGCUCAGUUAUGUCACUAAAGGAUGAGUCAGAGAUGCUUGUGAUUGGCCGAUGCCUCCCGCCUCCCCUGGAGUUAUCUACAUCAUGCUUCUGAUCAUGAUGGUAGCUCAGAUAAGUGUCAGUCCUACAGGGUUAACUUCGUUUGGCAUUGAUAUUGCAUUAGCUUCACUAGUCUUUGGGAAACAGCACCAGAAUGCAUGCGUUCCCAGCAAAUUUCAGUACACUGGCUGCAGUUUUGCACUUGCCUGAAUAUGAAUUUCCCACAUAAUGAGCCUUUCUGUGCAGCACUGAAUAGGGAGGCUGAAAUCAUUGCUCAGCUUUCUUCUCCUUAGUUACAGAUUUUUCUAGCUGACCAACUGUUGGCAAGAAGUGUGUGGUGCCAAUUAAGAGAGAAUUUGUUUCUGUUCAAAAAAGCCCCACACAAAAACAUACACUCUCUUGAUGUGAUGAAAGGGGCACUGUCAUGCUGAGACCGUGAAGAGUCUGAAAUGAGCAAGUUUAGAAGGUGAAAAAUCCCCCCCCUUCCCCCCACCCCACCAUCGCCAUCCUCCCUGAUCCUCCUCGAGGCAUUCCAUGGCAUUCUGCUCCUUUCACAGUGACCACGGGCCUGUCGAUCACCCCGAUCUGAGAGAGAGGAGAAUUCAAUUCAAGCUGGCAUCCAUACUUUGCCUGCCCUCCUUCUUGCUUGUCCUCCUGUUUCCAUUUCUCUCUCUAUGGUCGGCAUAGCAACAGGCGUCAGGCUCGUCAGGAGGAGGAACUGUGGCCUUCUUCUCUGAUUCCCUUCUCCCUGCGUCUCCCUGUUCUGCUCUAGAUCUAGUCUUUUAACAGGUGCAAAACGUACAAAGGAUUUAUGGAGUCAAAAUUAGGAGGGGGAGUUAGUAAGAGUGUUUGUUUAAAAAGGUCUAAAAUUCAAUGCCAGUAUUGAAAAUGUGUGUCGGUUAAACAGCGCACAGCUCCCCCUGAUGGCCAGUAUGACCUUUAUUCUCACUGGUGUAAUGUCUUUUCAAGAUAUUCCUCAAUAUUUCAACACACAAAUCCCCUGGGUGCACUCUAAAUAUUUCAAGUAUAGGAGGAUAUCAUCUUUGAAACCUCGCUUUAAACCUGCCAUUACCUACCUGCCCCCACCCCACCCAUCCUCUAACCCCUCAGCCUGUCUGUGAGCCCGGCUGCAGAGUUCAGACUCAGAUGGUGACUAGUGACUUUGUAAAAAACAAAAAAAAUUGGGGGGAAACCCCCUCCCCCACCCCCACCCCCCAGAAAAAAAGUUGUUGUGUUAGCAUGAGUGGCCUCCCUCAUGUGCUGUGUAUGGUGUGCCAUUGUGUGUGAAGAUGUGUGUGUGUCCUCAGGUCGUCUGUCAGGUUUUAAAAAGCACCUGCUCCUACUUCCUCUCACACAACCCUGCUACAGUAAUGUGUAGCUCCAACUCCAGCUCCCUCCCUUCUUCCUCCACCUCUCCUCCUGUCUGAUAAAGAGGCCUGUGUUAAGAGGACAGUUCGUAUUAGUAUUUUGCACUCUGCUCGCUGAUCUUAAUGCACUUGCGAGCAUGGCACUUGCACUCCAGUCCCAUUCAGGCUUCGACUCUGCUCCAGGUUUGCAACCUUUUUCCCAUCAUGCCCUCCCAUUGUAUCUGCUGAAGCUCAGUGAAGACACAGGUUUCACAUGUUUGCGUACAUAAACACUCAGAAAUACACACAUACUCAUGUCCCUGCUCAGCCAACUUCUCCUGGGUGGCAGCUAAAAUCAAAGCAUUCAUCCAUCCUUGGUGGUUGGAGGUAAAACACGGAGCGGGGUGAAGCAGCCCGGGCUGGAGUGCGACUGUUACGCUUGGUGUGGGGAGUGACUGUGUCCUGUCAGCCUCUGGUUAGUGUUCUGUUCUAAUCUGCUGGGCUCCCUUUGUGAACCUGUGGACGGUGCUUCUGUUUCCGAGUGCCAUGUGAGAAACAAACGCUUCAGUUAAAAAAAAAAGAAAAAAAAGAAAGAAGAUGUUUCACUUAAUAAUUAUUUUGAUUUUACCUUUAUAUUUCAGUUUGUUUGUUUGUUUGUUUGGUUAUAAGGGUUUAAAGUUCAAAGCUCAUGCUCUUUAUGUGGGGACCUGCCAACCUGCACUCCUUUUAAAUGUGAUUUGUUUUUGUUGUUGAUCUGAACCAUGUGUGCCAAAUUGUUUGUAUAUUUCUCUGUCAAUGCUUUGAAUAUUAACAGUACAUAAAAAAAAUAUGAAAAAUUCUGUUUUUGGAUGCAUUUCCAUCAACCUCGAAGAAAACUGAAAACACAAAGUAGCCUAGUGUGUCAGAUUAAUAUCCCAAAUGCUCAUGGGUGCUGAUGGACUUUUUGCUGCAGUUUACAAAAAGAAAAGUUGAAUACAAUUUACAGUUUUGAUUGGUCGCAGUCUUGCUAAAUGGUAGGCCUGCACUGUGCUUCUCUCUCCUUGCACGCAGCUAACCUCAAUCCGAGGCACCUCACUCUUUAAUUCAAUCGUUUUCACUGUGUUUUACCAGCUCUCAAAUCAUGUCAGCAGCAACAGGUAGAUUGCUCAAAAGUGUUUACAAUCAUAGUAUUAGUAUCACAGGGAAAAAUUGAAAUAGACAUGAUGCAAAACUCCACCAGAAGACAUAUUGAUUUCCACAAAUUUGCAAAAUUCCUUCAAUUAAAGAAAUCCAUGCUAAUACGCUCUAUGGACUUCAAUUUCUUUCAGUUUUCUUUCUCCAAACGGCUUGUACAGCGGGGUGAGGGAGCAGAAGUGUUCACACAGCUGUGCAGUGAUGCUGUUACUGUAAAGCAGCUGUACAAAAACCCCAGCUUAUUGGCUGGUCACAGCUCAGUCCCGGCCUUCCCCAGAUGCAACAUUUCUGGUAUACAGCUGAUCUCAGGUCACUCAAGGAUUAUUCGAAAUGUUCCUCUUUUCCUGUGCUGCAUCUGCAGAGUCUCUUGGCCGGGGGAAACAGUCUCAGUCCAGCAGCAGCCGGCCAAAACUCCUCUUAUGUCACCCUCCUCUCUUUCUCCAUUCUCAUUUAUUCAAAUCAAACAUUACUUUGACAUCUGGAAUUUGAAGUUGCAUGUACUCAUCCACAUGUGGAAAACAGAUUAUGAUCUUUCUCUUUCUCACAAAAAUUCCCCCUUGAUUCUUUGGAGCUAUAAGAUGCCUUAGAGAUGAGCUCAAUCACUUAGGCAGAUGGCUAGCUGCUUUGGAUCGUUUCCAUUAUGGUAAAGCUGCAGUGAAUGUCAUCUGUAGAUGGUUUCCUAGUCAUUCCAGACACUUAUGCAAGAGUACUUAGCAACUCAAAGUGAUGCACACAAGAGAAACAGUGUUUAAAAGGAACAACAAACACAAUAGCUGAACAUGUUCAGUUUUAGAUUUGCUACUUAACACUCAUAGUUUUAGGUGGGAAGAGUGCACUAUGACAAUGAGUUUAGUGUUUCCUAUAGCUCCCCUUCUGUCUGUCAUGCCUUGUACAGCUGAUGUCCCACACAGCCACACACUGUUCAGCUAUGAGGUGAAUUUCUUUCUGUUUUAUAUGGUUUCUCAGGUCAUUCCAAACAGCAUGUUGUCUUCAUGUUAGAGCCCACUCGUCAUUCUUUCACUGCACAAGCUGUCACACCAAUUGUCCUGCGCACCUUCCAUGUUUCAUGCAAGUUUUAGUAUUCUGAGUCCGUGGUUAAUUUCCAAAAAAACAGAGCCACUGUGUUCACUCAUCCACACUGAGAACCCAAACACCAUCUACUUGCAGCUAUCGUUCGCUUUUGUUCUCAUUUUUCAAUGUUUUUGCAAUGCAGCAACAUCACAGAGAUGCUUUGAGAGUACAACCUGGAUGGGCUUGUCAUGUAUAAUAGUUGAAAGCAUGUUUAGUCAACCUGAAACUAUAGCAUAUGUUUCUGUGACGCUUUUCGUCUCUUUCCACACUUGUUAAGUAGUCAUGUAGUGGUGUGGUGUGAGGGAGGAAAACGCCCUACCAGUCGUAUAAAGUUGCCAACUGAAGCCAAUCCACUGCCUCCCUGUGGCACCCAACUUCCUUCGCCUACAGCAUCAGCAUUGUCAUGAUACACUUUGACCUAUCUCUGGGAAUGCUUCAGAAACUCUCUUCACAUCCAUCCCUCCACACGCCUCCUGCUAGAGUUCAGUCACAACUGGAAAUGUUCAACAAGGCAUACCCAACAGGUUGAUUUCCAAGCUAGUUCUCCUCUUCUUUGUGUUUUUUUUUUUCCUGGUUGCAAACAAUCUUCUUGUCCCCACUUUGUUUUUUAAACCCUUUGAAUUAAUGCUGCUUCUGUGCUUGACUCUGGGUUUACUGCGUGGUGCCAUGAUGUCCACAUGGCCUCUAGAGCUUGUAACGCUUCAGUGUGUAAUGUUACCAUAUGCCUUACAUGUUUUCCAGGACUAAUAAAAAAAGCAUAACAAAU